UAGGAGGUGCUAGUGCGCCCUAGUGGGCUUAAGUGUCUCAGGAACUGGAUCUUGGGCCGCGUGGACGAACUGACAAUCGGAUCGUGUUGUCGGUUCCAAGCUUUCCGUGAGCCACUCGAACGCCAUGUGGAGAUCGGCGGAGAUUGGCCUUGGUGAACAAUAUCAAAGGCAUCGACUGCCCACCGUUUGCCCGUGGCACCAGCACGGAACGCCUGGCAUCCAAUUAUGUAAUUGAUUGGAUCCCAUCUCCCAAGACGGUCCAAUGCUCUCAUUCCAGGGAAAACGUUUGAAGCUACCAGCCGUGAUCUUGGCCGUUUUUGCGAUUUAAAGAUGUGCUUCCCAUGCCAUCCUCGUGCCUCUACGCCAGCUGCAGAUGCACACAACCAUUGCCGCAGCCUCGGCUUAGGCCCUCUAAUGGCAUAAGGGAGUGUGGGUUCCAGGGACAAUGGAUCGACGCUCAGUUUCUGAUGUCCCGUACAACGGUGAUGCGCUGAUAGGCGUGUCGAUUGCGAUCGCCAUUGUUCAGAUUGUGGUGGUGGGAGCUCGUUUCUAUACGCGACACAUGCAAAAACUGGCAUUGGCGCUUGAUGAUUACCUGAUUUUUCUGGCAUUGAUCGCCAGCUUAGGGCAGUCAGCCUUGUACAUCAUCCUGGUUAAGCUCGCAGGUGUUGGGCAUCAUAUGACUUAUGUUGAACAGACGCCCAAGAAGUUGGUUAUCCUGCAGAAGGGCCUGUACGCCAACGAGAUCCUUGAUUUCCCUUUUACAGUCACCCCAGCCAAGAUCUCCAUUCUGCUGUUCUACGUCCGCAUCUUCAGCACCCGAACCUUCAAGACAAUAGCAUAUGUGGUCGGUGCCAUUGUCCUCGGACAUGGUCUGGGGGUCUUAUUUGCAGCGAUCUUUCAAUGCUGGCCGGUUGCAUAUGUAUGGAACCAGACAAUCGAGGGUGGAUCGUGCUUCAAUAAAGAAGCAUUCUACCGAUACGUGUCACCUCCCAACAUUCUGACGGACGUUGUCAUUCUGGUCAUGCCGUUGCCGUAUGUCCGGAAACUCCAUACGCGGAACGGGCAGAAACUAGCCCUGACCGGAGUCUUUCUGCUUGGAGGCGUGGGCACGCUGGCCAGUAUCUUGCGCAUGACCAUUUUCUUCCAAGAGAAUGCCACGACCGAUCCUACCUGGACGUCCACCAAACUCGGCAUCUGGACCAUCCUGGAAGGCGGGAUCAUUAUCAUUUCCGCCUGUCUCCCGCCCACCUGGCCGUUGAUUGUGCGCAUCCUGCCCAAACAACUGCGCAGCAAAGGGUCCUCCAACACCCGGCAACGCCACCGCUACACAGCCAGCCAGGCCAAAGCCAAGGGCCCCGAGGGGUUUUCCCGGCUAGGGGACAACAGCCAGAGCGACCAGUGGCAGACUCCAUCCGUGGAGAGCCAGACGGUGUUGGCGCAUACACUCGAGGAAUACUCGGAUAGCAUCUCCUUGGACGUGAUGCAUGGGGUGCGACCGAGCGAAGAGCCCUGAGUUGAUCAAAGUGACCACGAAUGUGAACGAGUCCAACUGUCUACACCGUUCCCUGUACGAGAAGAGUAGAUGGACAACCGACAAACCCUUGGUAAUAUUCCUAGGGAGUAAAUCACAAGGUUCCAACAGCCUAGAGUGACAUAAAUUGGCCCCAACCCAAUCGUCAUCGCGAAUCCACUUGAUCGGGUGCGUGCCCUCAUCCGUGCUUCGCAAGUUGCCCAGUGCCAACAUUGGCGGCCCACUCAAUCUCCGGG